UGAAAACAUCUGAGUGAUUCAGUGAACACUGUUUUUAAUUUCCAUAACAAGAAACAGAAGGAGUUCUGUGGUUCUAAUGAAGCUACUGUUGACCUGAAUGUGAAACUGAGAUGUUCUGCUGGAUUUCUUUUAAUUAAUGACUUUUUCAUAUCAGGUUUUCAAGUAUCAUAUAUUUUCUAUAAAUCUGGUAGACUUGAAUUUUUACUCAGUGUUUACAAUUUAUUGGAGGUAUUUCAAACCUCAUUUACUAGACUUUUUAUUCUUGCUAAGUUGGAGAUUCUUGAUUAGUUGGAGCCAGUUUUCUCCCUUUGUUGAAGUUCUAGAUACCUAUUUCUAUUAGUGUCACUUUCCUGUACUCAUUAUUAACCUCGUACAUGGGAAUAUCAGAGGCAAUCUUGUGAUCUCAACACUCGGAGCCAUGCCAUACAAAAAUUCAGAAAAACGAAAGGAGAAGUCCCGCGAUGCGGCCCGUUGCCGCCGGGGGAAGGAGACAGAGGUGUUCUCGGAGCUUGCUAAAGAGUUGCCACUUCCACCUUGUCUCAAUCAACUGGACAAAGCGUCUGUGAUGAGAGUGGCCAUUAGCCACCUCAAGAUACGCCAAAUAAUGGAAAAGAUGGAUGUUCAAAAUUUUGACUCCAAAGAAAGCUUGGAUGAUGUUGACAACCUUUAUGGAAAGGCUUUAGAUGGCUUUGUAGUCAUCAUUUCUGACAACUCUGACAUGGCCUACGUUUCGGAGAGUGUGGCCAAGUACCUUGGCAUACCACAGAUUGAUAUGAUUGGCCAGAGUCUCUACGACUUUGCUCAUCCCUGUGACCACGAAGAGAUUGCAGACAUGAUGUCCACCAAGUCUCACAAAGGUGUGGAGCAACAAGCCGAGGAACACUGUAUCUUCGUGAGGAUGAAAUGUACACUUACCAGCAAGGGCAGAAGUGUAAAUCUUAAGUCUGCUUCAUACAAGGUGAUAAAGUUUACGGGGAAACUUGUUGAGAUAAAGGAAGAAAGAGUGAUUCAAAAUGAGGAAGAGGAGGACAAAGAUGAAAGAGAUGAUGAUAUGGAACAAGAGUUGGAGGAGAAGGUGGAGAAGGAGCCACGUAGUUCUGGAUAUUUCCUCGGGGUGGGUGAACCGAUACCACACCCAUCCAACAUAGAGGUUCUCCUCGACUGCAAAACAGUCCUCAGUAGACACAACAUGGACUCUAAGUUCACUUACUGCGAUAGCAGGAUGAAAGAAUUGGUUGGAUACAGCAGUGAGGAAUUGAUUGGUAAAUCAAUCUUUUCCUAUCAUCAUGCACAGGAUAGUAACAUCAUUGACAAGGCCUACAAAGACUUGUUUGCCAAAGGCCAGAUGAUGACGGGUCAGUACAGGUUCCUGGUCAAGCAGGGUGGAUAUGUUUGGGUCAUCACUCAGGCCACUGUUAUUUACAACAACCGCACACAGAAGCCCCAGUGUAUUGUUUGUGUUCACUAUGUCACAAGUGGAGUGGAACAGGACAACAUAAUUUUGUCAGAUGUACAACAUGCUGAGGUCAAGAAAGAAGUGAAGAAGGAUGUGAAGGAGGUUAUCCAGUGGAGCUUUGGACCAAGUACAAAGGAUGUGUUUGUCAGGAAGACCGAUGAAGAUGAGAAGGCGGAAUUCUACUUCUCUGAAGAGGUUCCUAAAUCUUGCCAGAAACAAAUGGAUCUUCAGCAUCUCGCUCCCAUGGCAGGUGACGCAUGCGUACCUUUGAAUACAACUUUUUUCAAGGGACAAGCUAAGCAAGAGCAAGGCAAUGACCAGCAAAUGGUGAUACUGAAGGAAGAGCCAAGAAUGACAUUGUGUAGUGGAAACGACCCGAAAAUGAUCAGCCCAGCCAGUACAGCUUGCUCGACUCCUCUGGCAACGUCCCCUAUGCACAGCCCAACUCCACCGAUUACUGACGACUUCCUGAUCACAAUAAACCCGGCUGAUAUCGUGGCCAUGGACCAGUUUUUCACUACUAUGGAUAUGACACAAAUGCAGAUGACUGAUGGCUGCAUACCAGGGGAGGAAAUUGACAUGGACACCAGAGCUCCUUACAUACCAAUGGACUCAAGUGAUGACUUUAGCCUGCUUCCUCCAGCACCUGAUGAGCUUUUUAACCUCAACGGAGACUUCAAUCCAGGACUCUUUGGCCGCACCGAAUCAGUUUUCACCUCAAGAGACAAGCUUUUCCCUGAGGAUCCCCCACAAAAACGACGUCCAAGUCUGUGGGAUAUAAUGGAAGGAAGUACAACGGUAGCCAGAAUCAAACGACCUGUUGACAAUGGUAUUAUGCAAAUGAAACGGCCACUGGAUCAAACCAACCAGGAAAAAGGACCACCAAUCCCUAAAAGGAGUUGUCCUGAUAUAGGAAAUAAGUCACUGAAUCAAGGACAAUUAGGCAGUGACAGUGUUCUCAUGAAUUUACUUUUAACUGGCGAAGAUCGCUCUUAUGGAUAUAGUGUAUAUAACACACAAAACGAAAAAGCAGCAAAUUCACGAAAAAUAAAACAGUUACCAACGAGUACUUCAAAUUGGAGGGCCACAAAAUGUGCUUUUCUUCCUAAGAUAACACAGCAUGAUUGUGAAGUCAAUGCACCAUCUCACCCUAACGACGGCUUGCUUCAGGGAGAUGCUAUAAUACAAGCAUUAGAUAGAGAUGCUUUUCCUUUGCAAAUUAUUUGAAAUUUACCGAUAUAAGAGCCCAAGAUUUGUUUUCCAUUAUAAGAGCUCUAUCGGUGAAUAGACAAUGUCAAGUGUUUUUUUUUUUUUUCUGAAGAUUUUCUCAAGCUUCUUUCUAAUGCAGAUUUACCUUUAACACAAGAUUUGACAUGAAACAGAUUUUUGUUCUUGAUCUUUUGGACUCUAUGCUAUGCAUAUUGUAGCUUGUUCUAAGGUUUAAAUGAGAAAAGGAGCUUGAUUUGUAAUGAGGAUUAUUUUAUUUGACCAGCAUUUGUUGAUAUAUUUUUGUGGUUUUUGAUUAUGGUAUUGAUAUUGUUUUUACUUGACACUGUAUUGUUUUCUGUAUCUGUUAUCUAGUUUUCUGUGUAUAUCAGCUGUACUUUUCUGAUGGAUUCUGUUGGCUUAAUGACCCCAUUUUCAGACAGUGCCUUUCGACAUGAAGAUUAGAAUUCAUUUUUUCAUUUGAUGAUUUGUUUGUAAACAACACCACAUACCACUCAUUUUGUAUGAAUUCACUCUCAUUUCAAAUCAUGGUUAUCAUCUUUUCAUCAUCGUAUUCUGGCUUACAUUAACAAGCAGAAAUAUUCAUUUUUAUCUUUUCAAACUUGCUGAAAUGGGAAAAAAAUAGAAAAAAAAUUAAAUAAAAAGAAAAAAAAAAAGAAAAAAAAAAGAAAAAAAGGGAAAAAAAACCCUAUAAAAGACCUGUGGAAUGAUUAUAUGAGAACAAGCUGACUUUUUUUUUUAAAGAAAGAAGAAUAGAACCAUGCUUAUAUACAAACAUUUUGAUUUUUCCAAAGAAAAUAGCUUCACUAUAGAUUUUUCUUGAUUUCUGUAAAGAUAAUUAACAUUGAUAGACCAGUGUUUAUGGUUUAUGUUUAUUGGAUUUUGGAGGUUGGUGAAAUUUGAGAUUAUAUAUUUUAUCAUUAUAUUGCAUGAUGUAUAUAGCACUGUAUAUUUGUGAUUAUCUACUAAUUACCUACAUCCUAUAUACUGAUAAGAAGCAGUAGGUUUAUUGUUAAUUACCGUGUAUUUGUACCUUUUUGAGCGCUAUAUAUUUUACGUACAUUACAUAAAUAGUCACAAUUCUUUACUGAAAUCUGAUCUGAAGAAAAUUCAGAAAAAAAAACAUUUUAGUCCAUUAAAUCUUAAAACAAAAGGGGGAUUAUUUUUCUUAACCUUGGAAAAAAGUAAAACCUAACCCACACAGUACUGUGAAUAUGUAUUUUUAUGAUUACAUAAUGCAAGAUCAGAAAAUUUGAUAAUCAGUUGUUAUAAUUGUCAGCAUUGUGAGCAGUAAUUUUACAAAUCUGUGUACUUUCAAAGAUCUUAUCAUUUGAAUUUUUUUUAAGGAGAUGGGAUGGAAACCAAUCAGAUUACAGCUGGGUUAUGUUUUAUAUAGGAGUCUUUAGAAAGAUUGGGGGGAGGGGGUAUUGUUGAACAGACAUUUAAAUUCUGUUCAGAUGUCGAAAAGGUAAAUUAAUGGAAAGAAUUUGUUUGGUAUUUCAUUUUUUUUAUUUUACAAUUUUGUGGAAUUAAUUAAAGAUAACUUUCUGCUUUUGAAAUUUUUACUUGGAAGAGAAAUCUAUAUUGCUUAACAGAUAAUAACAACCAUUUGGACCUAUCACCCCGUUGGGAGCCCCAUGUUGACCUUGAUAUGAUUUACCUAUUUUCUAAGGAUGUGCAGGUGUACAUGUUUUGUUUUGAAAAAUUGUGUAAUUGUGGUAGAGUAAAAUAGGUUAUUUUUGCAGGACAAGAUUUUAAUCAAAAUGAAUGUAAAUUAGAUUUUUUGGAUAUGAAUGUUUAUUCUUUGCUUUAAUUAGUAAACAAAAUAAUUAUAGUCCUGACUUACUUUUGAUACAUUCAUCCAGUUACAUAUAGUCUGUUCCAAAAAAGUACAUUUUUCAAAAUUUUAUAAGCUGCAUAGUGAUGAAGCUAAUAUAACUACAGUAUAGGUUAAUUAUAAACAUCAUAACUUGACCGUAAAUUUAUGCUGUCAGUACAGUAUGAGUGUUAGAGGUGACAACAAAUAUAUUCUAACCAAAUGUUGAUGGGUGCAAUUUUGACCAAAAAAUUACUAGUAUUUCGUUGCCGUUCAUAUUACUAGUAGGUGAGGUUAAAUUCAUUCAGUGUUUAAGACAGCUGUUUAAUGAACCGUGGAAAGUCGUUCAUAUUACUAGUAGGUGAGGUUAAAUUCAUUCAGUGUUUAAGACAGCUGUUUAAUGAACCGUGGAAAGUCGUUCAUAUUACUAGUAGGUGAGGUUAAAUUCAUUUAGUGUUUUAGACAGCUGUUUAAUGAACCGUGGAAAGUGUGUUAAAAAAUGAUAGAAUCAGUAGAUCAGAUUAUGAAAAAUAAAGAAGAAAAUCAUACAUCAUGAUAAUUUCAUAAGCAGGUUCGUUUUCAUGUUAAUAUUGUAUUAUGUGUGUUACUAUUUUUAGGUUAUAGGUAACUUAGUAAAGUUUCAACCUGUUGUUUUGACUUUCAAUCUUAUAUGGUUUACAGAUCUGUUUUAGAAUAAACAAUGAAAUUUGUAUUAUCUAAUUGGAUGUAUGUUACUGGUAUAUUUUCACUAGUUUGUUCAUUACCAGACAAUUUACAAUGGUGAUGAAUUGCAGACUUCGUAAUAUUUGAUAUUUAAGUGGUGAUAUCAGAGCAAGUGAGAUUUCAUUUAGGAUUGAUAUGCUUUAAAAGCCGAACAGACAAGUAGGUUCUGAUGUUAAAUCUGUCUGGAUAUCAGGAGUUUGAUCUAUCUGAGUAAAUUAUUCUGCUAUGAAGUAUAAUGUAGUGUAAAUAAGCCCAGUGGAUGUUAACAAUGAAUACCAACUUUCGUUAAACAUACUUAAUUGUUUAGUCAAGUUUUAGUAUAUGAUAACUUUUGGCAAAUAGUCCACUGGUGAAUUCUGUAAUAAUAAUCAGUCAUACAGCUUAAUUGCUUUUUUAGAAGUGGCAGAUAGUUCAGUCAUAUUUUAGUAGAAUACUUUCCACAUGAAAAGUGCUGAAAUAUGUACAAUUACUGAUUACUACUGUGUUAUAAACUUGAGGUUGGUUGAGGUGAACUUUAUUUGAUAACUGUAUUGACAGAUUAACUGGUUACCGAGUUAGUCAAAAUUAACUGAUUCAGGUGGGACACCUCAGCAGGAAAAUUUUGCAGGACUAAACAAUUUGUGUGGUGAGAGAUAUCGAUGCUGUCUGAUAGACAGAUAAUCAAUAAUUACCCACACCCACCUACUACACCAAUCAGCACCCUGCACAAUUGAGAUUAUCCUGGGAAAUAGCAUAGAAAUUGCAAGUUUUCUUUAUUUUUCACAGUUUGAUAUUCAUGGUUUUCUCUCAAAAGUUCAUUUAAAUAAUUCAUAGCUAAGCAGGGUUUUUUUCUUCUUUUUGUCCAAGAUUCAAGUUUUUAUUAUCAUUAUGAAGCAUACAAUUUUUGAUCUUUGUCAUUUAGUAUUUGUCAACAUGGAGGCAAUGUCUUUGUUUUUGCUUUCACUUUUUUAUUAAUAGUUCAUUGAAGAUUUAUGGGAUAUCAGUUAUAUGUAUGAUUUAAUAUGUAAACUGUAUCACACUUCCAUCAUAUUGUAUAUCAUAGAUUUUAACAUUUACUUAACAUAGUAUAAAUGUUGACCAUAUAUAACUUUUUGACCAUGAGAAACAAGACAGAAGAUUAUUUUGUAAAUACUACAAUUUCUCUGACAAUGUAGAUUUUUAUGGUAUUUUUUAUGUAUUAUUUCAGAAAAGUAAUUUUUCUGAUUAUGAUGACAAAUGAUGCAUGGAAUCCUAGUUUUAUCACACUUGAUGAAGAAGUGUCCAUAUCCUUUUAAGAGAUGAUGUAUCAGGGAGUUGAUCUCCUGUUGAACAGAUGUGCUUGUUGUCCUGUAGUGCAGUAACAAUAAAACUAGAACUAUU